AUGGCCGAAGUGCUGGCAGCCCACGGCCGGGAGCUUGCGCAGCUCGCGGAGGAGCAGCAUGCCUUCUGGAUGGAAUCCAUUCGCCUGGCCUUCGCCCACAUGAGCGCCGAGCUGCAGCUCGAAGAGGGCCGAUUGCUGGUGCCGGAGGCCCGCGUCCUGAGCAAGGACUCCAUAAACCAAUUCCUCAAGGAGAAGCUGAACGCGGAGAGGCGUGAGAAGGCGCUCGCGGAGAAGGCGCUCGAGCGCCCGCUGGGCCAGCAGUUCCCCUCCCGGCAGCCGGCGAUCCCCGACGCGUGCAGCGUGCCUGAGCAAGCGCUCUCGCCGCCCGUCUCCCAAACCGUGUCCAUGGGGCGGCCUGCGGACAGAGAUUUCCAGGCCACGAUCUGCGCGAUCCCCGAGACGCGGCAAAUCUCCACCAACAUUUUGAGCCCGCAGAUCAGCGAAGCCACCGCCGUCCGCCCUGACAAGGGGAGACAGUGGUUCGACACCGGAGCCGCGGUGCUGGUGCUGGCGAGAACUGCUUGGCGAUGA